UUAUUUUAUUUUGGAGGUGCUGACCGGAAGUGCCCGGCGCGCUCGGACCUUCGGCUGAGGCGCGCCCCCGACCCGGCGCCUGUCACAUGGCUUAGGGUUGGGGCAGGCCCGGUGGGUCGCUCGGCACCGGGGCGCAGGAUCCGGACUCGAACGUGGCGCCGGUUGCGACUAACAGGAACAGAACUUGUGGCACAAAGGUCGGCGGAGCGUGUGACUGGCGCCCGCAGCCACUUUCGCUUCUCCGUCAAGAUUGCGCGAAAUCGCGGCUUGUUUACGCCGCCGCUCGUCGACCACCGGCUCCGGUUUCACUUCCUAAUGACUGCGCGCUAGUGAGCUGCGCCACAACUUCGUGAGACUCGUGAAGCUCGCCGUUGAUGAAGCGCUGACUCACGGACCGGACCUGGCUGGCGGCACCGGGCGCUGCUGGAGCUAGGCCGCCGCCGAGCGGACCGCGGCCGCUGGGUCGCUGGUCUCCAUGGCCUGAUCCCCCUCUGGCGUCGAGAUGAUCGGGUCGCCGGACCUGCUGGCGUUCACCGCCGCCGAGGGGUUCGGGGAAGGGGAGGAAGACCGGGCCAGUCCGGGUCCUGGUCUACCUGAAGAACUGUCCGUCCCCCUGGUACCGGUGUCCAACCCCUGGGCCUCCCGCGCCCAGUUCCACAGAGACUUCAUACUGGUGGCUGAGUUCUCAGAGCAGGUGGGUCCGAAGCCCGUGCUCACGGUCCCAGACGACCCGCGGGUCAUCGGCUCCUUCGACCUCAACCACUUCUCCGUUCGCAUCAUGUCUGUGGACUACCAGGCGUCGGGGCCCGGCCCGGCCGCCUCGUCCCCGUCCUCCCCCGGCCCCCGCCUCAGCUUCAGCGAGGACUCCAAGGUGCUCCUGGGGGACUCGGCGGAGGACGCCUUCGCGUACGUGCACUACGUGACCCUGUACGACCUGGAGGCCCGCGGCAUGGUGCGUCCGUUCUGCAUGGCCUACGUGUGCUCCAACCAGGACAAGCUGACGGAGAACUACUCUGAGCUGCUGACGUGCUUCACGCAGGCGUCCGACAGCCUCAAGACGGGAAACCGGCAGGCGUUCUCCACAGAGCUGCAGAGGAAGCUGCAGGAGCUGGAAUACUCACGGCUGACUUUGCUGCAGGAUGCAGAGCAGGCGCGGGUGGAGAACGAGGGCACGGACGCAGAGCAGGCGGCCCUCGAGCUCGAAGCGGUCGAGCUCUCCAUCCUCACCCACAGGGACCUCCUGCGCCAGGUCACCUCCUACCCCAACAGGAAGCUCAAACAGCCCGACUUCCUGCCGUACGACCUCGCCGAUUCCCUCAGUCCCACCGGCCUUCUGCCUCCUGAGCCCAGUCCCGCCUCCGCCGCCGCCGGGUCGGAGCGCUGCCUCAAGUCGCUGCAGGAGCUGUGCAACAGCUACUUCCUGUCCCUGAUGAAGGAGCAGCUGGCGGACGCGGAGCGGCGGCUGCGUGGCGACAGGAGCGCGCUGCGGACCGCCCGCGUCACCCGGGCGCUGUCCAGGAGCCUCAAGCUCACCAACUUCCUGUUCGAGCUGUGGAGCCCGGAGGACGAGGAGGAGGGGGAGGUCGCGGAGGGGGGGGUGCCCAGGGCGACGAGGGGCAGGAGCGGCGUCGAUGUGUGUCAGUCGGAGCCGCUGAGCCUCGAGUCCUUCUGCUCCUGCGUGGAGGAAAUCCCCAUCAAGCUGGAGGCUCCGACCGGGACCGAGACCCCUGACCCUGGCGUUGCCAUGGAGAUGGCAGGAAGCAUAAGCAGCGGCGACAGCAUCGAAGUCCUGGGGACUGAAAAGUCCUACCGGACGCAGCAGGUUGUGGCUGGAUGUGACAUCAGAGCGGAGACGCCGGUCGGCACGACGGACGCCACUAUCAGGCGCGUGGACGCCCGGCGCCCGCGGGCGUGCGCCCGCCGCACCAACAGCGAGGACAGCAUCGAGGUGCUGAGCACCACCGAGUCCAUCUUCCCCGACGACCUCACCGCCAUCACAGAGGAGGAGGCGGACGAGGCCCUGGAGGAGAGGAAGCCGAACGCAGACGAGUCCCUUCAGACGUCGGCCGGUGGAGACGUCCUGAUCAGAGAGGCCAUCGAGCGUCUGAAGAAGAACCAUGUUCACAAAGACGCUCUGAAGACGUCCAAACAAGCUGAGGAGUCGGUGGAGAUGACGCCAAAGGGACCCGUCCCUCCGGCGGCGCCGCCUGUGCCCGACCUCCACGUGAACUUGGCUCCGCCCCUUCCCCCGGCGCGGGACGGGCAGCGGCCGCCGCCCUGCGGACCUCUCCGGCUGCUGAGCGUCGACGAGGCGUCUGACUGCACCAGCUUCAACGGCUCCUCUGACCCGCCCUCGCCCACGCAGCACGUGCACGGCGCCCGCCCGGACAGGAGGCGGCGGCGGAAGGCCGGCCUCCGAGCCCUCCGCUUCCUCAAACAGAACUCCUUCUCCCAGCACGCCGUGUUCUGCCUGCUGAGCGGCCGGGCGCUGGUCGUCCUCGGCGCAGACGAGACGUUGGUGAGGAAGAUGGUGGACGCCCUGAGCCUCUUCCUGCCUGCUCCUGGUCCCAGUGGCAGCGCCGUGAUGCCGGGUUUGACCGCGCCCCUUCAGCUGAGCGACCUGCUCAGCUGGAGACUCAUAGGAGUACACAGAUCCGCCUCCAGCGCCUCCUCCAGCAUCAUUCACUCUCUGACUCACUACGGGCGCUAUUUGGCGCUGCUGGACCUGGACCAGAGGACCCUGCGCUGUCCGUCAUACUCCGGCUCGCUCCUGGACAAACUGGCCUACCCCUACGCCAUCUGCCGGGGCAGCACCUACCUGCUGCACCUGGAGAGCAGCCUGACCAUGCUGGCCAACAAGGCUCUGGUGUUCACGUUUCACCCCGCCUCCCAGCGUCCAGACGCUGCCGGGGGGAGGGAGGACGCUGACGAGCAGAGUUUCCUGUUACGAUCAGGAUACUGCAGCGGUGAACAUGAUAUGAGGGUGAUGGCGUUCCUGUCUGACCUCAUCAAACAGCACCACGCAGGCCGUGGACCAUCAGUUUUAAGAUUCUCUUAUAGCUCGGUGCAUCUCCACAGAAAUACAUAUACAGCGUAGUCUGAAAGACACUGGAUGAACAAAUGGCUUUAUUAUUACAGCUGCAAAAACGCUGAUAGAUUUCUCUAUCUAGUUAUCUAUAUUUUCACCUGCGGCAUUAAAUGUUCCACCAGGUCCAAAUAGAAGGUGCAGAGCAGCAGCUACACAUUUGACUGCUGUACACUGGAGUCAGUGGACUGGGUGUAGGUCAAACACCAUCACUUUGAAGGCACAGGAUGAUGCAGCGUUAGGCUAAAAGUAAAGCAAGAUCUUUCACAGGCUGGACUUUCAUCCGAGUGGGAUUUUUAAAAUGUGACUUGAUCUGAGAGAAGGCUGUGUGGUUUUAACGCUUGUAUUUUAGUUUGCUCUGAAUUUGCUCUCUCAGGUUUUGAAUACACUGCACACUAGGAUCAACAUCACCGCUGACGUCAGACUGUAAACACAAUGAUUUUUUUCCACCUUCCAACUCUGUUAGUAACUGGAAAGUAUUAUUCCUUUAUUUCACUAAAACACAAAUGUAAUAGUGUAAAAAAACAAAAAGUUCUUUUAUGGUCUUUACAACAGUCUUUGUGGUUAUUACUGGUAACUGAUUAUUUCAUAUCUCCUAAUACGUUUCGAAGCUUUUCCUUUUUAAACAUUUUAUAAACUUAGUUUGCUAUAAAUUGAGGGAAAGACGAAGGAGACAUGUUACAAUCCUAAAUGUUUAUUUUUAAAUUGUAUAAUUUAUAAAUGUCAAGUUAAAAAUUACCCAGUGCAGUUUCUACACCUGAGAUGCAUGAGAACAAACCUGGACUAAAUGUACUUUAACACCACACUGUACUGUAGAUGUGUUACUGUAAUGAUAUGCUGUACAUCUUGGUAAUAAAGCUAUAUUUUGGAGUA